AUGGACACACGGCCGGUCAGGGAGCUCAGCGGACGACCGCUGGAAUGGCAAGGACGACGGAUGGCACAAGGAGCACUGGAGCAGCUGGAUUACCUCCGAGUGGCAGGGGCAAGACUGGUCGAGGAACAAAUGGGAAAACCAGACUUCUCCGGCCCGGACGAGUGGCUCGGAUGGGCAGGCUACCGAGCAUGGCGGAGGCGUGUCACCAGAUGGCUGCAGCAGACAUAUGUGCCCCCGAAGAAACAGGAGGAUAAAAUUCUCAAAGUGUUGGAUCGAGAUCUCCAGAGGAAGUUCGAGGACAUCACAGAUGAAGAUUUGACAUCACCGAACAGAGCUAUGAUGAUAGUGGAGAGACUGGACAUUCUCAGUGGAGUACGAGUAGACGACGAGAAGCGUCUGGCCGCCAGAGAGUGUCUACACGGAUACUGCAGAAAGCACGGCGAGACGCUCUCGGUCUACACAGCGAGAAUGGAUCAGAAUUUCGACAGACUCAGAGCACACGGUCUAGCCCUGGACGACUCCUGGAAGAAGCUAUUUGUGGAAAAAGGUAUCAAGUUCGAGGAGUCCGGCAUGCAGAUGCUCAAGGUGAUCUCCCAGGGCUCGAGCUCGUACGAUGCGGUGAUCCAGGCAGCUCGAGAGAUGGACAUGUCGAAGACAGAGCACCUCGGGCCCAAGGCCGGAAAGACGACGAACGUGACGUACCACACUGACUACGACAGCAGGUCGUUGGAUGAGCUUCUCGACUACAGCGAUGUCUCCUCGAUGGAUUCCGGACAAGAAGACCUCAUACUGGCUUCCCUGGACGAGGGCGACGUCGACGAGAUCGAUGUCCCCGAGGUUUUGGCUGACAUCCAGACGGGGCGCAGGAAAACGUGGAAGGCGAAUCGUGAGUACAAGCGGAAGAUCAAUAUCAAUCGCAAGUUCUACCCAACUCCUGGCGGUGCCCCGAGUUCUCCUCCUUCGGCGCCUGCCAGAGAGCGCGGCAAUCGUAGUCAGAAAGGAGAACUGAGGCCGCGCAAGAGGCGCCUAUCGGUGGAGAGGUUGAUGAAGGUUACCCAGCGUCACACGUGCAAGAAGAAAGGCCACUGGAGCCGAGAGUGUCCCGAGCGGGACAAGAGCUCGGACAAGAUGGCGGGAUUCGCGUUGGUCAACGCGGCGCCCAUGAACUUCAGUGCCACGGUGGACUCCGCGACCACGUCAGCUCGAGAGAACGCGCGCGAGCUGGUGAAGAAGGCCCUCGAUGCGCUAAAUCGGACCCGCUGCGAGGCGAUGAGCUACCACACCAGGAGAGACGAUCGUGGACACAGCAGCGGGGCAGGCGUUGAUCGGACGGCCCUCACUUCAGAGACACGUGGACAGACUGGCACAGCUGGGACUGAAAGUACUACGAGUUCCGAGCAGGAACCAACAGGCGAAGGGGGUCGGUGGCAUGACCCAGGUGACGACCGGGCUGCUCAUCCCGACCGGCAUCGGCGGCAAGUGCGGCAUCAUGGGGGUGGACGAGGUGGAGCAGGACAUCCCGCCGCUGGUGCCCAUGGGGAUGCAGGGGCAGCUCGGCGCCGUUGA